AUGGAUUGUGGGGUGGGACGUCUGAUUGGUUAUGACUACUCCAGAGCACAGGCACCACGAGAGGUCAUAACUGCAGGUGACUACGAGCCUUACACAAAAAAGACUGAUCUAGGUGUUUAUCAACUGAGGAAGCCAGAUAAGAUCAGUAGAAUUCGGGAAACCACUGACCUAGGACAGUGGUUCCACAUCGACACAGAACAGAGCCCUGCUGAUCACACCUCAUGGGGCUUCAAAGUAGCAGAGCUGAUCAAGUCAAACUGGCUCAAAGGACCCAAGUUCCUAUGGGAGAGAGAACCUUUCUCACUGACUGUCUUGGCAGAUCUGAGGUGGAACAACAUUGGUCUGCUGGGUGGCAGGUCUCUGCUAGAGGCUCUGCAGAAGAACAAGAGCAUAGUGCAGCUGGAGAUGGCAGGAAACAACAUACCUAGUGAUACUCUGAAAGCACUUGAGCAGACCACAGGCCAUAACUCAGACAGACAGUCCACCCUGAGAGAGAGCCGCAGCAGGACCCAAGUACUCAGCAAGGAGAUUCAUACGCUAAAGGAGGAGAAGGGCCGCCAGUUCUUGAGUCUGAUGGAAACCAUCGACAGGCAGAGGGAGGAGAUGGGACGCUCCAACAGGUCCACCUCCAUUCAGAUAGGCCAACUCCAGGAAGCUCUGAAUGAGAGGAAGUCUGCUGUCAACUCUCUCACUGCCAAACUGCAGAUGACAGAGGCUGCCCUCACCCUCUCUGAGCAGAAGAACCAUAACAUGGGAGAGCUGCUGACACGAGUGAAGGCCGAGAAAGAAGAACAGAGGGAACGACAGAGCAGAGAGAGGAAGAAGGAGCAGGAGGACAGUGCACACAGAGAGGGCAAACUCCUCAGAGAGAUCCAAAACCUGACAGAAACCAACAUCCAGCUCAGGAACAAAGUGGAGGAGGUGGAGUGCAGGUGUAAGAGUCAACAGCAGCAGAUAUUUGAGCUGAAGCAGGAGCUGACUAACAGCACAGCAGAGCUCAAGGUGCGACUAGCACAGGCAGAAGACCGUCUGGAAACAGAGAAGAGAAGAUACAAGCAAGCUCUGGAGGAUAUGGACAGUCUCCGCCAGAAGGAGGUGGAGCAAGUCAAUCGACAUCUUGAAGAGAGUGAGAGAGCGCUGCAGGAACGCAUCUUCAAACUGGAGGGACAGCGGAUACAACUGGAGGAGGAACUGAGUAAAGCUAAAGCAGCACAUGUGACAGAGAGGGCCCAGGCAGAAGAGGAACUGGGAAGAGUGCGAGCUCAAGUGCGUCUGGAGGAGCAGGAGCAUGUGUUGUCCUUGGAGGAGAAGCUUCGCUCUGUGCGUUUCAACCUGCAGGAGGUCCAGCUCCACUGCUCCCAGCAGAAACAGACCGUCUCUGAGCUGCAGGCCAAGAACAGCCAUCAGAGCAUCGAGAUGGAUGGAUUGCGGCGCAGAAUAGAGGAGCUCCAGCAGGAGCUGUCGGGUAAGGACCAGGAGAAGGUGGCUGAGGUGAGCCGGGUGAGAGUCGAGCUGCAAGAGCAGAUUGGACAUUUACAGGCAGAGAGGACAGUGCAGGGAGGACUCAAAGAGAGGAUCAGUGCUCUGGAAAGAGAGAUUAAAGUACUGAGCAGUAACCACAGAGAGGCGCUGCUUGACAAAGAAAGUGAGAUGUCUUCCUUGCUGGAGAAGCUGCGGCUAAAAGAGGCAGAGAUCCUGAGGAUGAGGGAGGACGAGGCCCACAGAGCCAGCUACCUGCAGAGCGCCAUCCUCACCUACGUUCAGGGCUCCCCUCUGGGACACAGCAGCCCCAAGAAGUGACCCAGAGACCCCAACCCCUCAGCAGUAACCUCUGAGCCCUCACGGGGUUCCUGCAUAGCUCAGGACAGUCUGAAGGCAUAAAGAGAAUCAUGAUUGUCUGGAAAAGAUUAGAAAAGAUAAGAAAAGCAGCAGUGGAACAGUAAUAUGGACAAAAUAAUCUGUGCUGGGAUAUAUUCCUGGAAUCAUACCUAACACAAUAUGCAGAUCCAGUCAAGGAAUUCAGGGUUUAAAAAGUCUGGCAUAGUAAAAUUGUAGGAUCCUUGUUCUUACUCACACACCUCAUCAGUAUGAGCCUCACUUCUAUAUUCCCAACAUAUAUACUUAGUUUAAAAAAAGAUGCACUCUAAAAGUAAUCUUAGCAAAUCAUUUAAUCUGGUUUCAUAUCAUUUUGCCUCAGUAGGGAUGGCAGUGAUGGUAGGUCAGCCCAAAUUGAAAAUUUAAAUGAAAUUUAUAAUUCAUUAGACUUCUUCAAGAAAGCCGAGCAGUCAGACGAUCAGAGAGGUUGCAAACAAGAAAAAAGUUCAUCCAGUUUAUCUAAACCACUUUAUCUGGAGGUUAAAGUAACACUGAGCACAUCUGAAAUGCUGGUAAAAGUCACUCACUGUUAAAGCUUAAUCAGGAAGUGGCCCUGUAACAGACAAUUUCGGUUAUGAUUUUACUGUUCACCUUAGUUUUGUCGUCCAAAUACGUUGGUUAACCUACCUCCAGACCUCUCUAUCACCACCCAAGCUGCAGUUUGUUCUGUAAUUUAAAUAUGUCUGAUGCUGUUCUUAUUGACAGCUGUUAUCAGGACCCGAUUUACACCAUUUCUGCAUCACAAAAACGGCAACAAGCAUGGAUGAGAUGGACAGCUGUACAAAUCACGGACAUAAAAUCUCUUAAAGACACGUUUUUUUGAUUGUUGUGAAAACACAGCAUCCAGACUGAAAAUGAUGUCAGCUGGACAGAUAUGUGACUUGCUACUGAUUGGAGCAAACCAAAAGAAAAUGCCGACCUGUCAUGAACCAGAAUCAUCCUUAGAAGGCUAGAUUCAAUUUACUGUUUGUAAAGUUUGGAAUUUUCUUAGCUGGUCUGUGAGUCUAUCCAUCUACUGAUCCAGUCUUGCACUUCAGUCCUUAGCUUAUCAAGACAAAGAGUCUGCAGCCAUGCUAGUGGCACUAUGAGGCUGCGCUUUGAGCCAAAUGCUCACAUUGCCAUGCUAAUAUGCUCACAGUUAUAAUACUAACAUGCUGAUAUUAAGUGAUAUAAUGUUUAUAGAAACUGCUAGUUAGCAAUUCAUAUGAAGUAUAGCUAAGGCUGAUGGGAAUGUUAUUAGUUUUUUUGCAGGUGUUUGGUCACAAACCAAAUGUUUGGACAAAGUGAGACUUUGACCUGAUAAUGGCACUAGAUAAAAAGCCAGAGAAUCACCAAAGCUAUUGCAUGGCCGGGCAUGAAUGUGUGUUGCAAAUUUCAUCAAUACAUUCAUUAGUUGGUGAGACAUUUCACUCCCCAUGGUGGUAUUAGAGGAAAGGUGAUUAGGAUGCAUCAUCUAGGAACCAUGAAUGUCUGUACAACAUUUCACGGCAAUCUGUCUAAUAGUUUUUGAGAUCUUUCAGUCUGGACCAAUGUGGUGAAACGACCAACAGCUGGCUCUAGAACCCUGUCACUAGCAUGGCCCAACAUCUAUAUCUGUUGUAAAUAUUCAUGGUCCCCAGAGGAUGAAAAUUUUAUGCAAGAUAUGUGCAUAUAAUAUAUAAUAAGCAGAUUAAUGAGGGAGCGACCUGAUAACCUUCCAUCUAUCGCUAAAAUAUACAUUUUUACCCCUACUACUUGUGAAGUUCUGUGAAUAGCUCAGUAAUCAGUCAAGUUGUUUGUUGAGUUCAUCACUUGUGUUGGGAACCCCCAGCAUGUGUAAUGAACACUUUCAGGGGUUGCUCCCAGCGCAUUGGACUUUUCCCCUUUUUUGUUAGUUUUUAACAAAAGGUUUGCCAAAAGGAAGAGAUUAUUGCCAGUUUGAAAACAUGUUUUAUCAUUUCUUGAGGUCAAGUGUCAGUUUUUAGUCACGCAGUAAUAGAGAGAUGGUCAAAUCCUGUAUUGUUUCAAAAUGUAUGUUAUUUCCCCUCUUUUAAAUGGAGGAGUGACCCUAAACAUCAGAAAGAAAACUUCUGGAUAUGAGCCUAAACUGCUGUUGAAAGGAUAUUUUAUUUCAUCUGAUCACAGCCCGUCUUAAUUUUUAAAUGUGUUCAGAUCAUUGCCAAACCAUUUCCACUCUAAUGUUUGCAGCUUUCCCUUUAACUGAGAUAAAUUAGAUUGAAGGCAGUGUAGCAUUGUUAGGGUGUUUACAUACAAAAUGAGAUUUGAUUCAAAAAUGCCUUAAUAUCAGUCAGAGCAGAGGGCUGCCCCUCUCGAGCUCAGACACAGGAGAAGGAAACCGAUUCAUAAAAUGUUUUCUGCUGUUUUACAAGUGAUAUUUUUAUAAUGAUAGUGAUGAUCAUUUUAUUUUUUGCUUUUACCAGUUUGCUCCAUUUUUGAUUUUUCUAUCACUUAAAUGUGGUCAUUUAUGAAAUAAAUAUCACAUGAUCUUUCUUAA